UGCUCAUUUGCUAUACAUCUAUAUAUACACCAGAAGUGUGGUCACUCUAAGUGCACAGAGUGGGAAUUUACUUAAGCUCAUUGGAUAAUAGUUGCAGCUUACUUAUUUUUGAAGAUUGCCACUACUCGAUCGAACAGAAUUAAACAUGGCAGCUACAGUUGUUUCUAGUGUAAUUGCUAAUCUUAAAGUUCUUAGUCAUGAUAAUUAUGAAGAUUGGAGUUUCCACUUUAAAACCUACUUGUUGGCUGAAGAUCUUUGGGAGGUUGUGGAAGAGACCUUUGAACCUCCUAGACGAGAAGAUGGUGAAGCGGAAUUUAUGGUUUGGAGGAAGAAUAAUGCCAAGGUUUUACAUGCAAUCCAAACUUGUUGCGGGGAUGAUACUUAUUUUAUUAUCCGGUGCAUUAGCUCGGCCAAAGUCGCCUGGGAUACUUUGGCUGAACAGUUGAAGCCGGCCGAUCAAGCCUUGGAAAACACAGAGGAUGAAGAGCUGAAUACCGGUCUGAAGCGGAAUGAGGAGUAUUAUAAAAGUAACGGCGACUUCAGUGAGUUCCCCCACCAUCAACCCUUGAUUGAUGCUGUUGCAAAAGGUGACUGGAGUUCUGCAAAGAAGUAUCUUACUAAGCAUCCCGACGCAAUCAGAGAAAGAGGUUCAUUAUCAGGCUCGACAGCUCUUCACAUGGCAGUUUCAAUGGAAAACGAAUAUAUGGCGAAAGAACUAGUGGAGUUGAUGACAGAGCAAGACUUGGAAAUAGAAGACGCUAAUGGUGUCACAGCUAUAACUUUAGCUACGCUAAUAGUACCCGAAGUGGCUAGAUGCAUAAUCGAAAAGAACAAGAGAUUACUUUGCAUACCAUGCAAUCUCCAGAAUAUGAUCCCACUAAUCAUGGCUUGUCAUGGCGGCCAUUGGGGAUUGGCUCGCUAUCUCUAUUCAGUUACUCCAUUGGAAGCUUUGACGUCGACCCAAGAUAACUGUCAGACUGGUGCUGAUCUUAUUUCCCACUGUUUUAGCUCCAAAGAACUGGGUACAUAAAUGUUUUAGAUACAAUAUUCGCACACAUUUUCUGACACACUAUAACUAAGAUAUUGCAUUGGAUUUAAUUCAGCGUUGUUCAAACUUGGCAUUUGCCACAAACUCUACUGGGAAAACACCUUUACAGGAAUUGGCUUGUAUGCCCUCUCUCUUUUUAA